AUGUCGACUCCCACGUUGCCGCCCACGAUUGAUGUCACACAGCUGGUUAUGCAGGUCGUGGCCGGUAAGCCGUACAAGCGCAAUAGGAUAGGCGGCCCGAUCGUCCGGUAGUUGGUGGAUGUGGGACCACUCAUGCCGAAUGUCAGAGCACGCUCGGCGCGCAGAGCUCCGACUGACGAAUCGACUCGCUUCUUCGCAGGGCCGAUGAUCCUUGGGAUUUUUUGCGAGCUAUGGUUAUUCGGCAUCGUCUUCGCACAAGUCGUUGUUUAUCGAUUGAGAUAUCCCGGAGAUCCAAUGCACCUCAAGUGAGCCGCAGUCGGCGAUCCUCAGCUCCGGGUCGGGGGUAGGGGGGGGGGGGGGGGGCCUGCGCGCGCGCGAAGCGGAUGUCAGACACCGGUUCACCCUGACGCGAACCGAUUUCCGGCACUGACUGAGGCUCGUCUGUUAGACUCCUCGUGGCCAUAAUGACAGGUGGAGACCUUCUAAACAUGAUCCUGAACAUCAAGGCGGUAUACGGUGAUGUGCAUACUGCCACCUCCUUCGAUUCUAGGCGGUCAAUCGUGCUCACUUCGCGCUUCCCCCCCUCAGUACAUUUUCGGGCGGUUCAACCACCUCGCUGGGCCGGUGCCUUGGUUCGUCCUCGCGGCCCCUAUUGUCGGCCAAAUUCCUGUUCUGUCAUCGCAAAUCUACUUGUGUUUCCGAGUCUGGGUGGUGAGUCCUCCCCUUCUCGCCACUUAUUGUCCCUUGCACUCAACCAAUGAUCCACCAAUGGUCUUGCCUUUCUGUGCCUCCACAGGUAUCCGGCCGAAAAGUUAUCCCCACUGCGAUCGGGGCAAUCAUGACCAUGUUGCAGCUUUCCCUCAAUAUCCUCUAUUCUACCCGUCGUAGUAAGUUUUGCCAACUCGACUCAACUCAAAAUGACGUCACAGCCGACUGACCCGUUCCUUCGCGCACCUCGGCAUCACUCUUGAACGAUCGGAGCAGUCAUGGCUCGAGGUCUCGGAGUGGACCCCGGAAGUUCAGUGAACCGGCUGAUGCCGCCGUGGGCUUUCACCAAUGCAGUAAGUACUCUGAUUUGCUCGUUAUAACAUCAAGCGGAGUUGUCACUGUCAUGACUAAUUCUUCAACGAGUCAUGGGCGAAUGGAACAGGCCGCGGACGUGUGCCUCUCCUUCACCCUCGCUUACUACUUGCUAAAAACGCGGAAGCAAUCAAUCAGCUAUAGGUAAAGUCUUCUUCAGUACACUCAAGACUAAAAUUUAACCCGGACAACAGCACUCACCUUCUGCUGUGUUUCUGACUGGCACCUCAGGUUCAACUAUAUCCUGGUGCGGCUCGCGUCUAUCGCGAUCACGACUUGCCUUCCCCCCGCAUGCAUCUCUGUCGCUCUCGCCUUGCUCGAAAUCCUAGAGACUCGAAAAUUGGUGAGUCAAACACGGGAUCUACGUUCCAAAAAAAGCAGAUGGGGUGAACCUGAUUCUAAACGACCGCUUCAUUGCAUUCUCCAUGCAGGUCUGGAUCUUCUUUGGGCAAAUUCUCGGAUGCGCCUAUACGCUCUGCAUUCUUUAUGCUCGUGAGGGCCACGGAGCGUCUGACUGACUGCUUUUUUGUGCCUGUACAAAACUGAUCGGUUUGGUUUGCCAACUAUAUCUUAUUAGUCAAUUCCCGCGAAGCGCUAGCCCAAAGAGCUACGCUCUGCCCCUCCGGCACCUCCUCACGUAUGACCCCUGGCAUCCGUCUGCCGGCGACGACGCUCUCUGUGCGCUUCGAUGAUCCCGAGGCCAGUAUCGGUCGUGAAUCCCAGAGGAAGGUGGAGCUCCCGUCUGGGGGAAGUUUGGGAAGGAGUUUGAUGGGGGUUGAAGGGGAGAAAGUGGAGCAGGUUGAGACCGAUGCGAUUGGCGGGGCUUUUGCUAUUGCGACGACGAAAAGAGUUUCGCUGGUGUGCUCGUAG